AUGUUUAUAGCUGAGAACACUCCCAGCAUUUCUCGUGAGGCUUUGCCGUGUGAUGCUUCGGUGGAUGUUUAUCCGAUCUUCAUGGCCGUGACGUACUGGAAAAAUCUUAGACUUUUUAGAGUUUCGCAAACACCAACAUCUUCUGUUUCAACGUCAAUUCCUACUCGUUGGGAUGUUUUCCUGAGCUUCCGCGGUUCAGACACUCGAUACAAGUUUACCAACCAUUUGUACUCUGCCCUGGAUCGUCAUGGAAUUCGAACAUUUAUGGAUGAUCCUGAGCUACGCACAGGAGAAGUCAUGUUGGUGGUUCCUGUGUAUUACAACAUCGAUCCUUCAGAUGUGCGACACCAGACAGGAAGUUUUAAACAUGCUUUUGUAAAACAUCAAAGUCGUUCGGGAGCUGAUAUAGACAAAGUGAAGAAGUGGCGCUUUACACCAGCAAAUGUUGCUACCUUUUCAGGAAAAACCAUGUCAGCCAAAAGAUCUGAGGCUGAUAUUGUAAAUGAAAUCGUUGAUAUCAUUCACAAUGAAAUAGGUUCAGACAAUUUAUAUGUUGCCAAAUAUCCAGUUGGGUUAGAUUCUCGUGUUAAAGAGAUAACAGCAUUGUUUAGUAGCCCUCCACAAGGUGUCACUAGGAUUGGCAUAUAUGGUAUGGGUGGAGUGGGUAAAACAACUCUUGCGAAAGCUCUUUAUAAUCAACUCUUGCUAGGAAGCUUUACAGGUAUCUGCUUUCUUGCAAAUGUUAGGGAGGUUUCAGGAACAUUCAGAGGCCUAGAAUCUUUGCAACAGAAACUUAUUAACAAUGUUCUUAAAAGUAAGAAAAAAUUUGAGGUUCCCGAUGUUGAAGAAGGAAUUAAGUUUAUCAGAGAGAGGCUUUGUUCAGCAAAAGUUUUACUUCUUAUUGAUGAUAUAGACAACCCUAGACAAUACGAAUCCUUCAUAGGAUCAUUUGCUUCUGGGAGUGUAGUUAUUACAACUACAAGGGAUCAGGAGAUACUGGAGAAAAUUGAGGUUGAACCCAAAUUUCAGUAUAGGGUAAAUGAGUUGGAUGAUGCCGAGUCCCUGACAUUGUUCACCCGAUAUGCAUUUGGAAGUGCUAAAUCGAACGAUACUUUAAUGGCAUUGUCUAAAGUGAUUUUACAUCUUGCUGGUGGUCUUCCACUAGCUCUGAUAGUUUUUGGCGCAUAUUUGUCCACACAAUCUUUGCUAGGAUGGAAAUCUUAUAUUGAGAAACUGCAGCGAAAUCCUGACAACACUAUUCAACAAAAUCUUAUUGUUAGUUUGGAUACCUUAGAACGGGAUGAUCCUAAGCUGAAGAAAAUGUUUCUUGAUAUUGCCUGCUUUUUCAUUGGGAGGAAGAAAGAAGUGGUGGUUACAAUAAUGGAAACUUAUUAUUCUUAUGUGGAUCAUAAUAUUGAUAUUUUAAGGAAAAGAUGUUUACUAACAACCAAUGAUGAUGGUGAGUUGAGAAUGCAUGACCUGCUUCGAGACAUGGGAAGGGAAGUUGCACGCAACAACUCUCCUGAUGAACCAGGAAAACAUAGUAGACUAUGGAUAUCGAAAGAUAUACGUGAUGUGUUAAAGAAUGACAAGGGGACAGAAGCAAUUGAAGGCAUCAUCCAUGAUAACAAGUUCGAGUCGUACUAUGCAGUUUGGAAAGAAUCGUUAAAUGUCGAAACAUUCAAAAGAAUGAGAAAUUUGAGAUUUCUUCAACUCAGCUGUGUACAUCUCACUGGAAGCUUUGAAGGUGCAUUGGAAGAUUUGAGGUGGUUCUGUUGGGAUCUUUGUCCGUUAGAGCGUUUACCUCGCGGAUUUCACCCGGAAAAACUUGUUAUCCUUGAGUUGACUAGCUGCAGUAUCAAGAUGUGGGAGAUUGAAAUGGUCUUUGAAAAUUUGAAGUCUCUAGACCUGUCGUAUUCUAUGGAUUUAAGUUCCACUCCAGACUUCAGAAAGUUGCCGUUUCUUGAAACUUUGAGACUUGUCGCCUGUAAAAGCUUAAAGGAAGUCCAUAUAUCCAUUGGAAGUCUGAAGAGGCUCGUUUCCCUAAAUUUGUGCAACUGUGUAAACCUAAGAAGCCUUCAAGACAGUAUUUGCAACUUGAGAGCCCUCAAAAGUCUAAAUAUAUCAGGUUGCAGUAGUUUGGAAGCAUUGCCUGCAGAGUUGGGGAACAUUAAAUCCCUAAAUGAGCUUAAUGCGGAGAGACUAAGUGUUACAAAUUUACCUGAUUCGAUUGGAUGCCUUGACAAGCUUGUUGAGCUGAGAUUAAGUUAUAACAUGAACCUUGAUACUCUUCCAGACAACAUAUGCAACUUGAGAUUGUUGGGAGUUUUACAUAUUUCUGAUUGCAGUAGAAUGAAAGCAUUCCCCUUAGAAUUCGGGAAACUUGAAUCCCUCAAGAAGCUCAAUGCUAUGGAACUAAAUAUUUCCAUAUUACCGAAUUCACUUGGAAAUCUUAGACAGCUUGUUUACCUAAAUAUACAUUCUAAUUAUGACGUUGAAACUCUUCCGGACUCCAUUUGCAACUUGAGAGCAUUGGAGGUUCUAAAAGUUGGUCAGUGCUUUUGUCUGAAAGAAUUGCCUGAAGGAUUGGGUUAUCUGGAAUCACUAACGAGGCUGGAUGCUCAGAGUUUAGAAAUUUCAGAGAUACCAAGUUCAAUCGGGAGCCUUAGUAAUCUUGUCGUGUUGAUUUUAAGUUGUAACACGAAUCUUAAAACUCUUCCAGACACCCUUUGCACCCUGAGAUCACUGGAAAUUCUGGACAUUUCUAAAUGUGAAAAAUUAGAAACGUUACCGGAUCAUUUAUUCAAGAACACACGGCUGAGGCAAAUAAAUGCAAGGCAUUCUACUAUGUUAAGAAAGUUUCCAGGAAUUAGUCAGCUCUCCAAUCUAAAACAUCUUGAUCUUACCGGUUGUUGUAAUCUGUUGUCUAUUGCAGAGCUCCCCCCUAAUCUGAAAGUCAUUCGGGCAAAUGGUUGUAAGUCACUGAAAAGCUUACCAGAUCUAUCCAAUUUGAAACAGCUGAAGAGGUUGAACCUUAGAAAUUGUAGUGCUCUGACAGAAAUCCAAGGCUUGGAAGAACUCACUUCUUUAAAAGUACUUCACUUGACAGGUUGCGACUCAUCUCUUCUGGCAUGCAUUUUCACAAGACAUUUUUUUCAGAUCUAUGCUGAGUUUGGACAUGAAAUUAGAAUAUACACAGGGGAGUUUCCAGAAUGGAUUAGUCCAUCAAGUAGUUCUGAAGAGCCAACAGUGUCCUUAGAUCUGUGGCCAGAUGGAAUGCAUCAGACUAACACUGACACUGAGGAGUUUCUGGAUUGCAUUAGUGAAUCAUGUUGCUCAGGAGAGUCAAGAGGGUCCUCAGAUUUACUGCCAGAUGUGUCACAUGAUUUCUUGGGAAUGCAUGAAAGUAGCACCGACACAGAGGAGUAUUCUGAUGGCUUUAACGACUCUUCUGAAUCAUGUUAUUCAGAAGAGUCGAUGGUACUUUCAUAUAAUUUGAUUUCACACAAUAUGCGGGGGCUGGACGAAUCUAACAGUCACACAGAGGAGUUCCCGGAUUGGAUUGGUGAAUCAAGUUCUUUAAACGAGGCCGAUAUAUACUCAGAUUUACCACCAAAUCUGUCGCACAGUUUCUUGGGGAUGAUUCUUUUCUUUGUACCAUUUCAGACUUAUACCUUGACAUACAAUGCUAAGAAUAGCAGCAGUGAUUUUUUAUGGGAGAGCAAAUCUUUUGAUGGCUCCCCUGAAUUAGUAAUGGUGAUAGUACCAAGAUCAAUGUUCACAGUCAGAGAUGGUGAUGGAAUCGAAUUAACAUCAGAAACUGUAGAAAUCUAUGGAAUUCAUCUGUUGUACAAACCCGAGAAUCAUUUGGAAAGUGACUAG